AUGUACGCAUCCAGCAGCAGCAAUUGUUUUGCGGGAAUUAAAAAUUUCCAGGAAUUGCAGUUCAUAACUCCAUCGAACAAAAGUGGUUCGCUUGCGGAGGAACUCGAAAAGGCAGUUCACAGCAGCGCCGCCCCUGGGUCAUCCAUAACAACGCAUGUCGAGCUACAUUUUACGUCCACUACCUCCACACAGCUUGACGGUUCGGCCGAGCAGUGCAACAAUGGCGCACCGGAAGCGACUGUCCCGUUCGAGCUGCCAAAGUCUCCCCACCCGCUUCACGGCUUCGAAGCGCCGAGCUCGAAAAGCCAACCGGCCCCCGAACCGGGUCCAUCCGGAAAGGUGGCGAAACCAGCGGCCCGCAAGGACAGCAGUGUGCGCAGCUGUAGCGUUACGUUCCCGACCGAGGAGCUGCUUGGCUCGGUGACCACCUUUUACCCGUCCGGCGAUCUGGAGAAUGGGCAAACUUUGCGUACGAGCGCCCGGGUAAAGCACAAGAUGCGGAUGGACUCGAUACGGAGCAGUACGCCACCGCUGGCCGAACGCAAGGAAGCGGCAAAACCGCACACCUCAACCCUUACGAAAGCGCCCAUUCAACCGAAGCAGAUGCGCGUCGUCUGGAGCAAUCAUGACAAAAACCUUUUCUUCGAAGCGUUGAACGAGUACGGGAAGGAUUUCGAAGCGAUUAUUAACUAUUUGAACACGAAAAAGCGCCGAAAGGAUAGUACCGAGCAGCAGGUUUUUAAAUCGAAAGAUGUCCGCAACUUGUACUACCAGUUCAAUCAGAAAGCAAUGAAGUAUCUACACUUUUCGGACGAGGUAAAGCGGGAAGCGCAAGAACUGUACGCACUGAUCAAUUACGGUGAGAUGCGCCGGAAGGUACCAUUCCAGAACAAGAAGUACUUCCACAAGUUGAAAGAUUUGGUGUACAAGGGUUUUACGAUGGUACGUGAGAAGGGCAAAAACAUUCGCAUCAAGACGCCUUCCUGUCGGGCACUGCGGAAGCUGAACCAGCUGGAAGAAUGGCAGGAAGAGAUUAAGUUGCCGCCGAAGGUGGAUGUGCUGCUGAAACCGUCCACCGUGGAGGCGUGGGGCCGGGUACAGUCGUUGGCGCAGAAUCCGCGCGUGCGCAUCACCGUCACGAUACAGAAGCGACUGUCCGCGCUGCUGCAACUGUUUCAGCAGAAAUGGCGCGCCCAGGACGUACGGCUCGUCGAACGGUUAGACGGGAUGAAGCGUACGUCGGCAACCAUUUCGUCGAAGUUGUCGCGCCAGCGCAUACAGCACGAGAUACAGCUAUUCGCGCCACCGGAAGCAAAGGACGGCGCCAGGAUGAUCGGUGUGCCAGUUUUGCGGUUCGUACCGGCCCAGAACGCCAUCAUCCAUCGGCCAAUGAUCAGCUUGACCGACUUCCAGAGCAACACCAGCAUCUGUCUCAAUUCGUACGAGCAGCGCAUCGGGGUGAAGGUACCGGGCGAAACGCUAUGCGGGGCGGAGAAACCGAACGCGUGCAAGGAGCGUGUAACGGCGGCGGCUGGUCGACGCCCGCGUACGGACAGCGGUUCGGAGAAGGCGUGCAGCGAAAGCAAAAAGCCAAAGUACGAUGACGUUGGUGCCAAGGAACCGAGCGAGGAAAAACCGUCCGGCGAGAUGGUGGCGCAAAACGGUACCUUCACCGAACAAUUCAAAUCACCGAACGCUUCCAACGAGUCGACCGAGCUGAAGGACUUUCUUGCGUGCGAUGGACGGCACCAUUAUGCUCCGUCGCGUGCGACAGAUUCUGAUACGCCGGUCGCACGGCAAAGUGACAAUUCGUGCGACGGGUUUGCGUUGCUAGAUGAUAUGCUGCUGGCCGCCCGAUAUCAACCGGAUACGGCCGAAAGUUCAGCUGGUGAGGAAGCGAUCAAGGGCGCUAGAAACGGUGGGAUGUCCAGUAGCACGAUGACGACCACGAUUACGAACACGAGCGUUACUACCAAAACCACGACCACCACCACUAUCGUGACGGUGCAGAAGAAGAAGAAAAAGUAUCACCGACGGAAGGGUGGCGAUGUCAACAAACCAAACGGUGGCCAUCCAUCAAUGAAUCACUUCCGACCGCUCGUAUCGGAGGAACAGAUGCAACGGAUUCGGGACGGAUGGACGCUCGACAGCGUAGGCGAUCUGACGGUUGGCGAUCUGUACAUAAUGUUCGGGACAGAGAUGAAGGUCGAGCUAGAGUACGAUUGGGUGCGGGAGAAUCGUACUACUGCUGCUGCUACGGUGAAACAAGAGGUGAAGGAGUGUGUAUCGACUGCCGCUACUAAGACGGCGCUUCAGGAUCAAGGUGGAGAGCAUUCGGAGCAGCUGACGGAUGACGGUAACAUGAAAUUAAUGCUCGCUCAGGAACCGUCCACGACUGAACCUGCCGGUGUGAAAGAGGAAGGAGCAGCGGCAGCGACUGCGAAGGAGGAAGUGAAGGAACAGCAAUGGUGUCCGGUCGAUUCCAUUAGCCGGCGAUUAAAGAGCCUACUGUUUUUGGCCAGCUUGGGCAAUAAGGAUCCGAAAAAGCGUCCUGGAAGUGCGGCAGAACGUAAACCAAAGCGAACCGAAAUCGAUGGCGGCAUUGCAUCGGCACAAGAUGACCGUUUGCAGUUUAAACAUCCGAUGCUGCCUGGGCCCAACCCCAUAAAUCACCUUGUGCCAGAUCUUCACGUUCCACCUCGUUACAAGCAGUCUCGCUGGUGGCGUUCUCGAAUCAAUCGCCUCCACACAAUGCAUCCACUGCAUCCGAGCAUGGUACGGGCGCUACCAUCCGCAACAGUUACUACCUCCUCCUCUGGCAAUACUGCCGGUUCGCGGAUGAUUCAACCGUCCAAGCCAACGGUUUCGGUGCUCCCGAGCGCAAGUGAAAAAGUGAUCGUCACCCCUGCGCAAACAGUCGCUCAACAGUCCACCAAUCCUCAGUAUUGUGCAGCAGAAGUGGGUACAAACAUAAAUCUAACUUUGAAAAGCACCGCCAGUAACAGCAGCAGUAGCAACAACAACAACAGCAUUGCUUCGAUCCCAGCAAACGACACCAACUCUAUGAACAGAAAUAAUAUUGAAAAUACCAAUCCAACGUCUUCCAAUGGUCCACGUACCGGCCAUGAUUUGUUUCCGGUUCUCAGCCCGGUGAAGAACCCUGGCGCCGAACUGUCGCUUAGCGAUAUGAGCCUCAGCAUCUUCGACCUCUCGCUGCCAUCCACCUCAGCUUCCAUGAUGGCGAACCUGUUCCCCGAUAUUGUGCCGUGCGGUAGUGGCACAUCAGCGGGCCUGCUAGCACAGGAACCCUGCGAUGACAAGAUGGGCGACGUGAACCUGAACGAUCUGUCGUUAUCCAACAUCCUGAACAGCUUUGAACCGUUCUCAUCCCCGAUCCGGCAAUCGAUCGAUCCGGACGUGGACAUGUCAGUGAUGAGCGAAAACACCGUUGAUUACAUUGCACGCUUUCAGGACAUUGCGGAGGAAUUACGGGCACGGCAGUAUCCCUAGUCUACGGAGUACGACGAUGUUUGGAUGCAUCGUUUGGCAAGCUUGCGCGACGGUUAUGCGAAUGA